CACAAUGUAAACAAAGAUAGACGAAAACAGAGCCACCAUACUCCAUUAAAGAAAUACGCAGAGAUAGCUUCUUUUUUUGACGCGAAAAACAGAGGAGGCUUUAAUGCACCAGUCUGUAUCUACUCCCCUGUAUAUAUAAAAACAAAGCUCCAUUGUUAGGUGGCAAAAGCGAUAAGCGGUUGCUGGAUACAGGGGAAAGCUCUAGUAGUGGGGGUUGUCGUGGGGAAGCUGAAGCUGAAGCUCUCGAGGCCAAGAUCCGAUCAGUAAUGGCAAGCUUCACCAACACCGUCUUAUUCAGAAUCAUUCUGGUCCUUGUUAGUCUCUCAGAUUCAGCUCUGUUCCAUGUGCGGUGCUUAAGCUUCGGCAUCAACUACGGCCAAAUCGCCAACAACCUCCCUCCUCCUUCCCAAGUAGCGGGGCUCCUCCAGUCCCUCAACGUCAGCAGAGUCAAACUCUACGACGCCGAUCCCAAUGUCCUCCAAGCCUUCUCCAACUCCGAGGUCGACUUCAUCAUCGCACUCGGAAACGAGCUCCUACCCAACAUGACCGACCCGCUCAAGGCCCAGGCUUGGAUCCAACAACACGUCACCCCUCACCUCCCGCAGACCAAAAUCUCCUCCAUCCUCGUCGGCAACGAGAUCCUCGGCGGAAGUGACACCCAUCUCAUGUCGUACCUCCUCACCGCAAUGCAAUCCGUCUACGCCGCCCUCGUCAACCUCGGACUUUCCAAAACCAUCGCCGUCACCACCGCGAAUUCCCUUGUCAUUUUGGGAAACUCCUACCCGCCGUCGGCCGGGACUUUCAAGGAAGAGCUCGCCCAAUACAUCAAGCCACUUCUAGACUUCCACUCGCAAACCAAUGCCCCGUUCCUCAUAAACGUGUACCCUUACUUUGCUUACAAGGGCAGUCCUGGUGAAGUUUCCUUGGAGUACGUGCUUUUUCAGCCAAACUCCGGCAUGAAUGAUUCCGGAACCAAUCUUCACUACGAUAACAUGCUCGAUGCUCAGAUUGACGCUGUCUAUGCCGCAAUGAAAGUGAUGGGCCACACUGAUAUCGAGGUUCGGAUAUCUGAAACCGGCUGGCCGUCCAAGGGAGACGAGGAUGAAGCCGGAGCCACGCCGGAGAAUGCCGGAAUUUACAAUGGGAAUUUGCUCAGGAAAAUUAUGGAGAAGAAAGGCACUCCGGCCAAGCCUGACGUUCCUAUUGAUACGUAUGUGUUUGCUCUGUUUAAUGAGGACUUGAAGCCCGGUCAGGCGUCGGAGAGGAACUACGGGCUGUUUUAUCCAAAUGGGACUCGGGUGUAUGAUAUGGGAGAUGUCGGAGCUGCCGGACCUGACGGAGCAGAUGGUUAUCUUCCCCAGUUUACUUUUUCUUCAUCAGCUCAUGAUAUUAAUGCUUUGUGGAUCUUCAAUUUUCUGAUAUUUCUUGUAGUGUACUUAUUAUGGGAAUAGAAAAGCUCAUACAUUUGUGAAGUUUCGGGAAGGAGGAAGACUGGAGCAACAUGAACAAUUCCUGAAGAUGUUUUUUGGAAGGCAGAGGGAAUUCUAAAUAGGAUAUAGCUUUAGUUUUUAUACUGUAUAUGCACCUCCUUCACAUUAAUUUUCAUUGAUUUAAUAUAAGCAUUGGUCGAUCUUACUAAGCAUUUGCACAUUGCUCAAUAAUGGAAAUGGGAGAGAAUCAACUUGCAUUUUGCUUCA